CAUUUGUCUAAGCUGUUCCCUCUCCUCACAUUUCCCCAAGGUUUCUCAAUUGCAGUGUAAGAACCCAGCCUUUUGGGGAAGACAGUGAAAACCUCGGUGGGGCAGCACCUUCCACAAACUGGAAGAGGCCCUGGGCCACUGGCAGAUAGCAGAUCCAGGAAGAGAGGAAAGAUGGAGGGGUUAGGACUCCGCAAGUGGCCGUGGCUGCUGCUGCUGCUCCUCCGUGUCUCAGUACGGACCGGGAUGAAGUCAGGAUAUGUGUUAGAGACGGGAAAGGGAAAGUAAUAGACGCAGACCGGGCUGACCCUGCAAGGACUGAGCGAUGAAACAGAAGCUGGAAGUUUCUCUAGAGCACCCUGAAGGAUUCCAAGCUACAGGUGAAAAUGAGGAAGAGAUAUGCUUACAAGAAGGAAAGAACCUGACCGUGACCUGUCCUUACAACAUCAUGAAAUACGCCUCCAGUCGGAAGGCCUGGCAGAGGGUGAGGAGCCAAAGUGCCCCAGAAACCCUGGUGCGCACAGAGACUAGGAACCAGUACCUAAACCGGGCCCAGGUUGGGAGGUAUCUGCUGGAGGAUUAUCCCACUGAAGCCGUAAUCAGGGUCACAGUGACAGAGCUCCAGAGGCAGGACCUGGGACUGUACCAGUGUGUGGUCUUACUCAUGGACCCCUUCAUCCUGCACCAUCGGAUUCGGCUGAUUGACUGCAAAGGAGGUAGGGAGUGGAACAUCCAUCAGACACCCCUUCUUUUGGGUUCAGGAAUGUCAAACCUAGGAAUACUUGCCUUUGACCUGGCAGACCUGCCGCUGUUGGCUGUUGGACUCAUCCUGAACAAGGGCCUGGUGUUCUCAGUCCUGUUUGCCCUGCUCUGCAAACACCGAGCCACAGACAAGGCAGCCUCUUGACGUGUUCCCAGGACAAGGCAAACUCUGGGAAACAACCGACAGACUGUCCCUUCAAGGAGUCGCUGCCAUGCCUUCCUCCUCUGACAAGAAUACAUCUCAUGUUUGUCCAGUGGGGAAUAAAAGGUUUCCCAAA